GAAAAGAGCACGCUGGAGUCGGACUGAGCUGCCUUCUGGCUCGGGGAGCUCCGGGGCGCAGAGGGCAGAGCCCUGGAUCGAGAAGCAUGGAGCCUGUUACCAAGUGGAGCCCUAAGCAAGUAGUGGAGUGGACCAAGGGAUUGGACGAUUGUCUUCAGCAGUAUACCCAAAAAUUUGAACAAGAGAAAAUCAAUGGGGCUCAGCUGUUGCAGAUUACACACCAGGAUCUUGAAGAACUGGGUAUCACCCGGAUUGGACAUCAGGAGCUUGUGUUGGAGGCUGUGGAUCUCCUCUGCGCAUUGAAUUAUGGCCUCGAAACGGACAACAUGAAAACCCUGGUUCUUAAGUUACGAGCUUCUUCCAACAAUCUGCAAAAUUACAUCAGCAGCCGGAGGAAAAGUUCAAGUUAUGAUGGAAAUACCUUGCGCAAACCCCCUAACGAAUUCCUUACGUCAGUGGUGGAACUUAUUGGUGCUGCUAAGGCUUUGUUGACGUGGCUGGACAGAACUCCAUUUACUGGGAUUGCUGAUUUUUCCACAACAAAGAACAAAAUAAUUCAGCUCUGCUUGGAUCUCACCACCACUGUUCAGAAGGAUUGUCACGUAGCUGAAAUGGAAGAUAAAGUUCUUAGUGUAUCCAAAAUUUUAAAUGGCAUUUGUGAUAAGACAAUCCGGUCAACAACUGAUCCACUCAUGAGUCAGGGUGCAUGUCUUGAGGAGGUUCACUUGACCAACAUCAAACCUGGCGAAGGCCUGGGAAUGUACAUAAAAUCUACAUAUGAUGGAUUGCAUGUUGUUACUGGAACAACAGAAAAUUCUCCUGCUGAUAGGUCUCAGAAAAUUCAUGCUGGUGAUGAAGUGAUUCAGGUGAAUCGCCAGACUGUGGUGGGAUGGCAACUGAAGAACCUUGUGAGGAAACUGAGGGAGAACCCUUCUGGAGUUACUUUACUAGUAAAGAAACGCCAUACAGGAUCUUUUAAUUUUACUCCUGCUCCCCUUAAAAACCUAAGGUGGAAACCACCACUUGUACAGAACAGCCCUCCGCCAACUACCACCCAGUCGCCUGAAAGCACCAUGGAGGCUUCCUUGAAGAAGGAGAAGCCAGCCAUUUUGGACCUUUACAUACCUCCUCCACCAGCUGUUCCAUAUGCUCCUCGGGAUGAGAAGGGAAGCUUUGUUUAUGGUGGAGGCAAUAAACCAAAGCUGCCGCUACCUGGUUCCAGAGGCACAGAAUCUCCUAAUUCUUUCCUGGAUCAGGAAUGCAGGAGACGAAGGUUUACCCUUACGGAUUCUGAUCCGUUGACUCGCUAUCCCAUAGAAGCAAAUAUUCUGCCAGCAAAGAUGCGGGAAAAAACUCCAUCUUAUGGAAAGCCACGCCCACUGUCUAUGCCUGCUGAUGGAAACUGGCUGGGAGUUGUAGAACCUUUCUCUAAACCCCGAGCAAUGGGGAGAAAAGGUGAAAAUGUCCUGUGUCGGUAUUUCAGCAAUGAAAGGAUCCCUCCCAUUAUUGAGGAAUGUCCCCCAUCCCAGCAUCAGUUCUCCAGGCCUGUGGCAGAAAGGCAACUAGUGAGGGGUGCAGACUACAUCAGGGGAAGCAGAUACUUUGUCAACGCGGAUCUUCAUAACAGCGCAACAAUCCCUUUCCAGGAGGAGGGGGCCAAAAAGCCACCUGUGACCUCCUCCACAAAAUCUUCCUCCACAGAACCUUCACUGCUGGUCAGCUGGAUCACAAGACUGAAGCUAUUAACUCACUGACUUGCUGAAUGGAUUAUAAAUUAUAAUUUCUAGAAUAAAGUGCCUUUUCCACCUGUCCCUACUCAGGCAAACAGCAAAGCUAUUUAGUGGUUUAUAAGUUUUUAUUUUUAAUUCUCCCCUGGAUAAUUCCCCUCUCCUAAGAUUGCUGUCUCAAAUUGACUGCGGUUGGAGAGAGAUCAUAAGAUGUCCCCUUUCCUUCCUAUCCAAGAAGAGAGGGGCACUUGGUCAGUCUUUUGGAGGAACUGAUGAGACUCACGUGAUCUUGGAGGUUGCUGCUGACCUGAAAUCUGCACGCCCUCCGCAGUGCAAAGCAGUCUCUGCAUUGCGAUGAAGCCUGGUAGCACUUCAUUUGCUACGCUGCUGUGCAACCUACAGCAUCUGCAGACUGUAUAGUACUCAGCAGAAAAUGAAAUCCCAAGCUGCUCUCCUGACCAAAAAGGGGGAAAUACGAGAGACUCCCCCUCCCUCCUUUGAACAACAUUGUGGCUGCGGACAACUAAAAUCCAUAAGGAGUAAAAGGCCGUUUCUUCUUUUUGUUCUGAUAAAUCAGAAAAGGGAAUCUAUCUUGGUUGAUGCCCUAGUUAUUAAAAUCUCAGUACAGGUCAAAACUGUUCCCUGAAUUGCUGCAGCGUACAAGCAGUUAAGACAUGGAUUGCUACGACAUGCCAAGGAAAUGUGUCUCUAGGGAUGAUGGUAAAAAAAAAAAUCUUGUAUUUUUUGUCUUUUAUAAUAUUAAGACUGAAUAGCUGUUAACCAAAGUAUUCUUCUGAAAACAAAACCCUUCAGGUUCCUGGAGCAACCACAGUAAUUUAAGGUUUAAUUGGUUUGAUGUUGUUUGUGCUCUAAAGAUACUUUGCUCUUUUAAAAGUAUUGCUGGAAAACGUGUUUGGUCUCUGUUAAUUUAGUAGCAUUGCAUGGGAGGUGGGGUGGUUUGUGGAGGAAGGAGCUUGCAAGUGUUAUGAUGCUGAAAAAUUGUUGUUUUUUAAAAAACAGAUGUAUAGAAGAGUUUGUUGGAAAUCCACAAAGCACAUUGUGUUUCAACAUAAUUUAAAAGUGUUAAAUAGAGCUGUAUAUAUUUUUUUACUUUUAACUCUAGGAAAUUUGUACAUUCCUCUAUGCAGUAGUGUGUGCUAAUUAGCCAUUGCAAAAAGUUACUGUUUCAUAUUAAAUUAACAGCCAAAUAUGUCACCUGAA